CCGUUCCUGCUCUCUCCCUCCGGUCAAAAUCGGGAAUCGAUUUCCCUCUGCUCGAAAUCGGACAUCGAUCUGUCUCGCUCUCUCGCACACAGCCGCACGCCUCUCUCCCUCUCUCGCUCUCUGCUUCUGGUCGAAUUUUCGACCGCGGAAAGCCGUACACAGCCACAUCGCCGUCCACCGAAUAGCUCCUUGCUCUCUGUCUCUGCUCUUUUAGAUGUCAAUGUUUUUAUCGGGUCAACUAUCAAGCUCUAUGGUUCGUUAGCUCUUAUUUACAUUUUCAACCGGUAACCUGUUCCAAUUUCUACCCGAAACAUCCCUCCCUUUGCAUCCAGCAUCGUGUUUGCCGUCCUCCACUCCUCCGUAUCCAACAUGGGUCGCCUCUUAUAAUGUAAAGAAAAUUGAAAAUGGCGCUUCGCGCCAGAGACCUAGUUGCUAAACUAUCAACUCGAUUGAAGUCUCCUCAGGGCAGGCCAUUCUGCAACACCCCCACCAUCACCAACAACAAAAGCAAUAACGACAAGCGUGAUCCCAACGUGAGCAGUUACAGUCAAGCGUAUAAGCAGCUGGACAAGCUCGAUUUUAUGACUGCAUCCAAGAUUCUUUUUACCGGCCCACCUAAGAAAACGAAAUUUGGGAUUGAUUUCCAUUUGGUGCAGCUAUUCUUUGCCUGUCUGCCUUCAUUUGCUGUAUAUUUGGUGGCACAAUAUGCUCGACAUGAGGCGAAGAAAAUGGAUGUGGAGCUUGAGAAGAAAAAGAAGGAAGAGGAGGAGAAAGCUAAAGAGAUGGAGUUAAAUGCCACUAAAGAAGCAGAAGAUAGGUCUGAUUCGAAGCUUCUGGAGGUGAAAGUAAGACUGGAUAAAUUAGAGGAGGUCGUAAAGGAAAUUGCAGUUGAAGCAAAUAAACAAUUGUGUGACAGCACAACCAAAAAUCAGAAUAAUGGUGUUGAAAGGAAGCAUCCUGAAACAGUUGAAUCAAGAAAUAGCAAGUAGAUCAGAAAUCCGAAGAACUUAUUCCCGGCCUUGGUUGGUAAGUGGAUUAUCGCCUCAACUGGAUGCCUUCUAGCAGAAUCGGAAGAAUAAAAUUCCAGAGCGAAGGUCUUUCUCAUGAUACCAAUGCAAUAAGAGAUGUAGAGCUUGUUUUAUCAGACGUAUGCAUGUCUGUCUUAGGAGCAAAGCGUUAGGCCUUUUCUGCCCCAUUGUCCAACCUUGGAUUUGCAAUUUUUUGACUGCAAGAAGGGGCUUAGGCUGCUGGUAGAUAGGGGAGGCUCUUUGCACUUUAUAAAGUCUUGGAGGGAGGUUGCUAAUACACCAAUAUGGUUAGUUGCAAACUUCUCUGGCCGGUGCUAGUGUCAGGCAGCAAGAGUUGGCAUGCUGGGUCUGGGAGUUCUCCAUCAAAGUUACUGGAAAUUUAUGUCUUUCCCUUGGCUUAUUAUAUUUGGCCCUUCCAGCAUUUUUUUUCACUGCAAUGUUCAUCAUAAGUGCAUUUCAGAUCUCAACAUUGUAAUAGGCAACAAUUGCCAAUUCUAUGUCAAAGCUUUUCACAUAUAAUUAUAAUGAAAAUGCAAGGAAGAACCAAACAUUCAAUUUUAA